GUGCGAAACCGGCGCCAUCAAUCAAGAUUUUGCCGCGGAGCCAAUAGCGUCCUAGACCUGCGCAAUUGCAUCAACCGAUUGAGUGGAAAGGGAAAAGAUGGCGGUUGUAGCGCACACAUCUCGCUUUUUGAUGAAGAGAGUUCUCAGCAGUUGUGCACUCGGCGCCCCCUUAUCAAUCUCCCGCUCCUCGUCUUCGGCCCUAGAGGUCCUUUUUGGUGGAAACAAGCUAGCAGCGGCGCAGACAAGUACAGGUAUGCCUAGCGUGACUUAUUAUCUACGGCAUUUUGUCUCACUUCCAGAUGCAGUUGAAGGCCCAAGGGCAAAGAUCGCCAGUCUGCAUGUCAGUACUCCGUCGGUGGGUGCUGCUCCCCACUUGAGGAGGUGCGUUGAGGCGAAACCAGGUUGGCAGCUACAUCAGCAGCGAUUCACGGGCUCUGUGACACCUCCUCAGGACAUAAGCCCAGAAUUCCGUGCGGCACUUAACGCAUUACUGGGCGACGAUUGGGUGCAUAUCUCUGACGAGACGAGAGAAAUGGUGGAGAAGACGCUGCGCAUUAACUCGAGCGACGUUGCAGGAAAAGAGCAUCUGCAGAACGCUUGGCGAGCGGCGAGGGCUGUCGAGAUAUUUUGUGAGAAACUUGGCGCGCUGAGAGGGGCCCUCGACGAGGUUGCAGGUGCUUCUGGAGAUAAAGUGAAGAAUCUUCCGGAAGAUCUCGAGAACGCGUUGGAAGUUGCCACUGAGAAAUUUCACAAAUACGUGUCGUCAUUUUCCGACGAUGAACUCUGGCUGAAGAAAGCUGUCGAGCUGGCAAUUGGCGGUAUGUUUGUGCAGAUCAAGCAACGCUGCAGCAAUCUUGGUCCAGAGUGGGGGAAGGUUAGUCUCCUGGCAACGUCGGGGCUAUCGGGGUCUUAUAUCGAGCGCCGAGCUGCCGCUGGGGCGUGAGAUGGGGAGGCCUGUCCCUGCGACAGCGGGGCUAUCAGGGGGUCUUAGAUUGAGCGCCGAGCUGCCGCUGGGGCAUGAGAUGGGAAGGCCGGGCAGGAAGAUCAGUACACCAAGCAACACCAACCAGGGCUGUAAGGGUUCUUGCAUCGAGUGCUGAGCUGGCCUUGGGGGAUGACAUUGGCCAGUGGGAGGAGAGGUGGUGCAGGGAAGAGGUUGGAGGGGGGGGAUACAACGCAGGGGAGAAGAGGGGGGAAGAACAACUGCCGUCGCUCAAAAGCGUUGGGGAGAGAAGGGGAGGGGCUAAGGACCUCGAAAGGCAUAUAUAUUUUGAUGAAGAUUCAUGAAAUGUAACUGUAGUAGGAGCAGAUUGUUUGUAGUGACGGUUGACAUUGAGGUAGGUGCGGCAGGUCAGUCCGGCAGCACAAGCAGAGGAGCAGAGGAGAAUGAAAAUAGGAGGAGUGUGCAAUGUAGACACCUAUGCUGGAUAGAGGAGAAGGAAGGAGUGAAGAGAGAAGGGAAAUGCCAACAUCUUGGAUGGAAAAUGCCGUAAAUCAGUUCAGAAGCACAAACACACGCCCGUUCAGUGCAAGAAGGAGAAAGGAGAGGCGGUGGAGGGUGCAAGGAGGAGCAGUGAAAAGGAGGAGGAGGGCACUGUCAAGGAGAUGUUUGCGAUUGCUAGAGAGCAGACAGCAGCGGUGGAUCGUGUGCGCCAGCACAAGGAUGAACAAAGGAGGAUAUCAAGUGCAUUGUGUAUACGAUGAAAAGAAGUGGUAUCAACCAUUAUUAAUAGUGGGAACGGGAAUGGGUGGGGGUAUGUACAGGUUGCCGCGUGGAGUAGACGGCAGUAUCUAAGACUUGUGCUAUAGACGGAAUGGAAGAUGUGGUCAGUAAAAUAACAGCAUACAUCGCACGAGCGAUGACUUGCAGAUUGCUUUGUCCAUAGUGGAGGCUCGUAAGAGUCAAAAGUCGAAAGUCAAAAGUCAAAAGUCAAAGGUCAAUUUAACCCAAUUAGGUUUCACAAUUGUGGAAAAGUGAAAACGGAAGAAAGGUAGGUGUGUUGAUGAGAAAGAGGAGAAACGCCGACUGGGACGUUUUCUACCAAGUUCUGGACGCUAUUGCAGCCAGAUGCAUCCAGCUCCGGCUGUAAUUGCAGUCAGAUACGUGCAGGAAAGUGCUAGUGUGAGCGAAUAAUGUCCUGAGAUGCAGAUUCAGUCAUUGGCAUCUUUUAUGUAUGUCAGUUUGCUGUUCAAGUUUUUUUCUUUUUUCUUUUUUUUUAUGUUUUUAACUUUCUAUGCCUCUUUUUUCCCAAGCGCUUUUGUCUUUCCACGCCCGUGUUUUUUUUUUUUGAGAUGAAUCAUGGAUGACAAGUGUUUGGCUUGUUGUCGGUACCCCCUGAAAGAGGGAAGUAAAGUACACAUGAGCAG